GCAGCCAAAGGUCAACAGGGGGCGCCAUGUGAGGACUGCCUGAGUAUAUAAAUGUGGAUUUGCACAGAGAGCUGCCCACUUAAAGCAAACCAGAGGACAUUUGGAGAAGGUUUGAAGCUGGAUGGUUGCUGCUCACAGCCUGGAGAGAUAAGUGAUCAGCGAUCCCUCAUCCUGAACGUCAGUCAGGGAGGCUCGCUCUGCCCUUCCAGCUUGCUCUUCUCUCUCUUCUCUCUCCGAAAUCCUCUCCUCUGGUUCUUUGCCCUUUCCCUCUCUGUUGCCUGUCAUUCGCCUUCCCCCCAACCAUGCCUCCGACCCUGGCCACAGCGUUCGCCCGGCGCUGGUGGAUGGCAGUGACUGCCAUCAUUGAGAAUCUGCUCUUCUCUGCCGUCUUGCUGGGAUGGGGAUCGCUCCUCAUCAUGCUCAAGUCAGAAGGCUUCUACUCGUACCUUUGCAACGAGGAGGGUAACAGCUCGCACUACAACCUAUCCCAACCGCAGCCAAUGUCAAGACCCGACGAUUACUCUGACUACUACGAAGACGAGGUCGGCGUGGUGGGCCUGGGCGACGGCGUGGAGAUGCGACCCCUGGCCCCCGCAGAUGGGCCCAUGAGGAUGAACGGCUGGCUCAUCUGCAAAGAACAGGACGAGAUGCUGAACCUGGCUUUCACGGUGGGCUCCUUCCUGCUCUCAGCCAUCACCCUGCCGCUGGGGAUCGUAAUGGACAAAUACGGACCUCGCAAGCUCCGUCUGCUGGGCAGCACAUGCUUUGGACUGUCCUGUCUACUCAUUGCUUACGGAGCCUACCAACCAAAUGAACUCUCCGUCCUUAUCUUCAUUGCCCUGACUUUCAACGGCUUUGGGGGCAUGUGCAUGACCUUCACCUCCCUCACACUCCCUAAUAUGUUUGGAGACCUCCGUUCAACAUUCAUUGCCCUGAUGAUUGGCUCCUAUGCCUCCUCUGCUGUCACCUUCCCUGGUGUCAAGGUGAUCUAUGACUUAGGCAUACCUUUCAUCACUAUCCUGGUUGUGUGGGCCGCCUGCGCUGGACUGGUCUUCUUGAACUGCUUCUUGAACUGGCCACUGGAGCCGUUCCCCGGACCAGAGGACAUGGACUACACUGUAAAGAUCAAGUUCAGCUGGCUGGGCUUUGACCAUAAAAUCACCGGGAAGCAGUUCUACAGCCAAGUCACCACAGUGGGUCGUCGUCUGAGCCUGGGCCCCAACCUGAAGCAAAAAGAGGUAGCAACUCAAGAUGGGCGAAAGCUCUGCCUAUCCACCAUGGACCUGGAAAUGGACUCCAAGACAAAAGAAGAAUCCCAGUCAUUCCUGAAAACUAUCAUCAGCCCGAUUUUCAUGCUCAGUCUGGUGACCAUGUCCGUCACUCAGCUGCGUCUCUUGUUCUACAUGGGAGCCAUGAACAGCGUGCUGGAGGCGCUCAGCGACGGAGACUUCAAUACAGUGGAAAGGAUGGAACUGGUGAGUCUGUACUCCUCCAUCUUUGGCGUCCUGCAGCUGCUUUGCCUGAUGACCACUCCUGUGAUUGGUCAGAUCAUGGACUGGAAGUUGAAAGACUGCGACGAAGCAGAGGAAGAAAAGGAACCCUUCAGCAAGGGUGAGACAAAGAAAAAACGCAGAGACAAAAAGAUCCAGAAGGUGACCAACGCCCUGAGAGCCUUCGUCCUCACAAACGUCCUUUUAGUGGGAUUUGGGAUCACCUGCUUAAUACCCAACCUCCCCUUGCAGAUUGUGUCAUUUGUCUUACACACCGUGGUGAGAGGAUUCAUUCACUCUGCUGUUGGAGGCCUCUAUGCUGCUGUGUAUCCCUCCUCACAGUUCGGCAGUUUAACUGGCAUGCAGUCUCUGGUCAGCGCCGUGUUUGCUCUGCUGCAGCAACCCCUGUUUUUGGCCAUGAUGGGACCUCUAAACGGAGACCCGCUCUGGGUCAACGUUGGGCUCUUUGUACUCAGCAUGCUGGGCUUCCUGCUGCCUCUCUACCUGAUCUGCUACAGAAGGACGCUCUACAAAGAGCAACAGGCGAAGGAGGACAACGUCAAGAUCUACUUGAAAAUCAAUGGCUCUGACAUCCCCGAGGCCUUCGUCUAGAGAAAAGCAAAUGUGAAAAAAAAUCACAAAAAUGAAGGAGACAUGGAGACACAUAUGCGAUCCAAUGAUACGUGCACACAAAAGCAUAUGUUGUAAAAGGACAGCAAAAAAAUGUUAGCAUUUCAUUGACUGUCCUGCUCAUUUAUGACAAAUCACACUAAGAUAAACUAAUGCUGCAGUUGAAACUAGUCAGUGGACGGUUGGUGACACACUGGAGGGGAAAGAAGGACAAGAGAGAGGAAAGACUGUGAAAGGAAGGAGGCAUCAGCCCUCUGCAUUCCCCCCAAAUCCUCUGAUUUCUCUUUUUAUUCCCUCUCCUGUGAGCUGGUGCCAUUCAACAUGAAACUGCUUUAACUUCCCCCGCAAGAACAGAGAAAGGAGGAAUUUCUACCAGUGAAACCAGCAAAUCUGAUAAAUGUCACCAACACGACCAGACAAUUUGUGUACUAAUGUUAUGAGUCUUGUUUUCUUAUCUUUUUUUUUAUAUACUUUUAAUCAACCGUAAAUCCCAUCACAUGGUGCUACCUAUCCAUUGUCACAUGGUGUAAGAUACAGUUAAAGUGGAGUAAAUGGCAUUAAUGAGUGACAGAGAGAAGAGACAUUGCUGCUGAUGUUUCUCAGGAGAGUACAUAAGACAUGACUAACCAUGGAGCUAUGAAUAUACUGUAAUAUUAGAUGAAUGUCUAUUUAUUUUAGACUUUAGAUUGCUAUUUGUACUUUAAGUUUACUGGGGGGCUUUUAUGUAAAAGGGAAGAUUAGUACACUGACUGUUAAGUGAAAACAGUUUCCACUUUGUCUUACACGAUAACACUAGCGUCAAAACAACAUUUAGGUUUUCUGAAUGUUUUACAGUAGAUCCAUAGUUAUUCAGGUGCCUUAGCUUAAAGUCAAUAUUUAAUCCAGUCUGUCUGCCUACUGUUGAGAGACACUCAGCACUUUUGUUCCUUUUUUUCCCCACAAAAAACUCAUUUAAGCACUUUCUCCUGAUGCACCUCCUGGGAAACAGCUCCUGCUUUAAUUGACCCUCUCCUACCUUCCUACAUGUAUUUAUUUCAUUAUAAAAAAAACUCUCUUUUCCAUGAUAAAUUCCUCUUUGUAUUUUAAUUGUUUAAACUACUCUGGUAUCUGAUUGAAUACUGUGUUGUUUGGGCUCUCUCUUUUAUCUCUGAAUGUAACGUGGAGAUGUUUUGUUGUGAAGAUAGAUAUCCAUGUUUAAUAUGGACACAUUUGUGCAGCGUUAAUAAAGAUUCUUGCUAUUUUUUUUUUUUUCCCACCGCUUA